CUAUUCUCCACUUGCUCUGUUGCUCUCGCCCAGGAAGCUACCAUGUCUUGCCGCUCCUACCGAGUCAACUCCGGCCGCCGGGUGGGCAAUUUCAGUUCCUGCUCAGCAGUGACCCCCCAGAGCCUGAACUGCUUCCGGGGCAGCACCGUCUCCUGCAGGAGUGGGCCCAGCUUCCGGGGCCUAGGCGGCUUUGGUAGUCGGAGCGUCAUCACCUGUGGAUCGUACUCACCACGGAUGGCAGCCGUCGGCCCUCGGCCCGUCCGUUGCAGAGUCGGCUUUGGCGCUGGUGGUGGCACAGCCUUUGGUUUUGGUGAUGGGAGUGGUGUUGGUCUGGGGCUCAGGGCCGGCAGUGCCGUUGGUCUGGGGUUUGGGACUGGCAGUGGCCUUGGCUAUGGCUUUGGUGGUCCUGGCUUCGGCUACAGAGUCGGAGGACUUGGAGUCCCCAUAGCCCCAUCGAUCACAGCUGUGACUGUCAAUCAGAGCCUGCUGACUCCCCUGAACCUGGAGAUUGACCCCAAUGCCCAGAGGGUGAAGAAGGAUGAGAAGGAGCAGAUCAAGACCCUCAACAACAAGUUUGCCUCCUUCAUUGACAAGGUGCGGUUCCUGGAGCAGCAGAAUAAGCUUCUGGAGACCAAGUGGAGCUUCCUCCAAGAGCAGAAGCGCGUCCGGAGCAACCUGGAGCCCCUCUUCGAGGGCUACAUCAGCACCCUGCGGAGGGAGCUGGAGGUGCAGGUCAGCGACCAGGCCCGGCUCCAAGCUGAGAGGAACCACAUGCAGGACGUCCUUGAGGGUUUCAAGAAGAAGUAUGAAGAGGAGGUGGUCCUCCGGGCCAACGCUGAGAAUGAGUUUGUGGCUCUGAAGAAGGAUGUGGACACGGCUUUCUUGAGUAAGUCUGACCUAGAGGCCAACAUGGAAGCCCUCAUUCAGGAAAUCGACUUUCUGAAAACUCUUUACAUGGAGGAAAUCCAACUGCUGCAAUCACACAUCUCAGAGACAUCGGUUAUCGUGAAGAUGGACAACAGCCGGGAUUUGAACCUUGACGGGAUCAUUGCCGAAGUCAAGGCCCAGUAUGAGGAGGUGGCCAGGCGCAGCCGGGCUGACGCCGAAGCCUGGUACCAGACCAAGUAUGAAGAGAUGCAGGUGACAGCUGGUCAACACUGUGACAACCUGCGCAACACACGGAACGAGAUCAACGAACUGACCCGCUUAAUCCAGAGGCUGAAGGCAGAGAUUGAGCACGCCAAGGCUCAGCGUGCCAAGCUGGAGGCAGCAGUGGCCGAGGCUGAGCAGCAGGGUGAGGUGGCCCUCAACGAUGCCAAGGCCAAGCUGGCAGACCUGGAAGCCGCUCUGCAGCAGGCCAAGCAGGAUAUGGCACGACAGCUGCGUGAGUACCAGGAGCUGAUGAACGCUAAACUGGGCCUGGACAUCGAGAUCGCCACCUACAGGCGCCUUCUGGAGGGCGAGGAGAGCCGGAUCUGUGAAGGUGUUGGACCAGUAAACAUAUGUAAGAAUCUUACAUCUUUACCUCUUCACCCAUUUCCUUUCCCUUCAAAUCUGCUUCACACUGAGGCCCACAUUGGAAAGCACCUGGGUAGCUCAGACAGCCAGAGCUUCAUGUACCUGGAAGACAGCACCCCUAGAGGCGGAUGCCACAAGCCCUGCGCGCCCAUCAGGGCCCCCGCCCCCGGGGGUGCAGCCCAGGAGGGCAGGGAGGACUGGAGCCUGGAGUGGGCCGCCUCCCUGACGCCGUCUUCCUCCCUCCCGCAGCGCAGCAACCUGGGGAAAUGCAGACUUAUGCUUAGCAGCGAUCAGUCAGUGCACCUGGGAGGAAAAGGCACUGAGCUGUUCAAAGCCAACAAGAACAGAGGCUUUGCGUGCAUGCGGAGACUGGAGAGUUGA